AGGACGUCCUCCGUUGCGGUCGCAACAUCCAUGGCGUGGCUCAAAGCUCCGUGCGACAUCAGAGUCAAGGUGAUCAAGAGCGAGAGGCCGUCAGAGCUCGAUGGCGUGGAGGUGCCGCUGCUGACGCCUGGCAGCAAGGCGGUGAUGUCCCAGGCGCUGAGGGACACGUUCAGCGGCUUCACCAAGGAGCGCCUGCGCCUCUUCAUCCCGAGGGACCCCACCGUCUGGACGGCCGGGCAGGUGGCCCAGUGGCUCUUGUGGGCCGCGACGGAGUUCAGCCUGGAGGGCCUCGACGUUUCUCGGCUGGCCCUGAGCGGCCGGGCCCUCUGCUCGUUGGGCAAGGAGCGUUUCCUGCGUCUGGCUCCCGACUACGUGGGAGACAUCCUGUGGGAACACCUGGAGCUCCUGCUGAGAGAAUGCCAAGAAGACAGCAGGCAUUUCCGUACGGAGGACAGCUCUGCAGUAGCAAACUCUGCAUACUCUGUGGACUACUCAGUUGGUUGCCACCAUCCGGAGCCGGCGCAGUGCGUGCCGCCCUCCGACUACGCGGACGCGGGCUUCAUCUCCGAGUCGCUGCAGACGCUGCACAACGUCACGUCGGAGGAGCUGCUCGGCAUCAAAUACGAGGGGGGCGGUGUCUUCCAGCCGCCGCCCGUGGCUGCGAGCGAGGCUCACGUGGGCGCGGCAGGCCUCAUGCCCAGCUACCAGCGGGUCAAGCAGGAAGUCCUGGCGCCGGAGAGCUUGUGCUUGUCUCAUAACGGACACGCGAUGUUCGCCCAGGACUCGUUCGACAGCGCCGACAGCUACGAGGGUGCGGCACUGCUGGCGCUGCCGCAGCAGCCGCAGCAGCAGCAGCAGCAGCAGCAGCCGCAGCAGCCCUCUCCCUGGGCACGGCCGCCCUCGUUCGACGGCCUGCAGCGAGUGCCAUCGUACGACAGCUUCGAGGCGGACGACUACCGGGGGGCCCCCGUCUUCCCCGCGGCCGCGCACACCGCCCGCCGGGGGGACGGGCAGCAGGGCCCCCGCGCGGCCCUCGCGGCGGUCGGGGGACACGAGCGACGCGCCGGGGCCUACGGCAGCAAUGCCGGCAACGUGAACGCCGCGGCCGCGGCGAGGGAGCCCGAGGACUUCCUGGUGGCGCUGGCACGGAAGCAGGACGAGUGCCUGAUGCCGCUGGCGCUGCCGGCGCAGCGGCCAAAGGGGACCUUCAAGGAGUACAUGAGCGAGAGGAGCGAGCUCAACGAGGGCAAGCCGGUCAUUCCUGCCGCUAUCCUAGCUGGAUACACAGGCAGCGGACCAAUCCAACUGUGGCAGUUUCUUCUGGAGCUCCUGACGGACAAGUCGUGCCAGCCUUUCAUCAGCUGGACGGGCGACGGUUGGGAAUUCAAGCUCUCCGAUCCAGACGAGGUGGCGCGGCGCUGGGGCAAGCGGAAGAACAAGCCCAAGAUGAACUACGAGAAGCUGAGCCGGGGCCUGCGCUACUACUACGACAAGAACAUCGUGCACAAGACAUCGGGCAAGCGCUACGUCUACCGCUUCGUGUGCGACCUGCAGAGCCUGCUGGGCUACAGCCCUGAGGAGCUCCACGCAAUGCUGGGCGUGACGCCCGACAGCGACGAGUGAGGCGUCCUUACGUGCCCCACCGGCCCCCGAUCGUCUCCACGUUCCCCCACCCUGUAAUGCCGGCGGAGGAAGUGGAGUUUUAAGAGGGCUCAGCUUCGGUAUAUAUCUAUACAUUGGGGCUCACGGUAAGGAAGAUAUUUCAACAGUGGCCUCGUUUUACUUUUUGUAACACAGUUUAAGGGGAAUCGUUUACAGUUAAUGUGCACAUCUAAAUGUCGCAUUGAUUUUGGAGGCAAAAUAUUGAAAGUAAUUAAUAAAAUGCAAUUUAUCUGCUUAGACUUUCCACGAGUACCGCUCUCGGCCCUCCUGCGAAUGUGUUCCUGUGUCCCACUACUCCUCCCUCGCUCCCUCCACACACUUCCUCCCUGUCUCCACUCUCCUCCCUCCACACU